AUGGCUACGUGUGUACUCAAACUCACAACCAUUCUCUCUCUAGUGCUUCUGAUCAUCAUCAUAUUUCAUUCUCAAAGCUCGAUCUCGGCCGAUAUCGAAGAAGAAGACGGUGACGACUACUACAUCCUUGACAGUCCAGUUCCACAGUUUAGGUCAAGAAGCAGGUUUUUGGCCAGCAUUAUAAAGAAAGGUACACAUUGUAACCCUAUUACUAAAAACAUAUGUAAUGGGAUCUCCGCGAAUAAUGGAACCAGUCUACUGUAUUGUUGCAAGAAACAUUGCCGGAACAUUCUCGGGGAUCGGAAUAAUUGUGGCCGGUGCCGGAACAAGUGUGGAUUUGGAGAGCGAUGCUGCCAGGGAAAAUGUACAAAGGUUUUGAGAAAUGUUGGUCAUUGUGGCAAGUGCAAUAAGAAAUGCUCUCCUGGGAUUAAAUGUGAGAAUGGAUAUUGUGGGUAUGCUUGAGACUUGAUUAUGCAAAAACAAACACAAGGUCCACAUUAGCCCCUCUUAAUUCUUUGUUUCUCUUUCAAUUUAUAGUUUAUCUUUUUGGUUAAUAUAUUUAAAACAAAUGAA